CUAUGAGGGAGCCCGGUACACUCUCUCCCGUGGAACAUUCUAACCGGUAACUGCGCGUCGCCUCAUCCCGCCAACGUCCAUCUUCCCGGCUUCAAACGCAGGGCAAUGCUUCAGUCGCGAUAACAUCCGACGGCGGUUGAAGGAGAGCAUUAAAUUUCGAAGCGUUCGACUGCUCUGCUACAUCGAACUAGCUUGGAAGUCGCUUCGUCUGUGAUAAUCCCCAAACUCGAAAACCUCGUUAUAUCGUUCUUUUGAGAACGAGCUGCCAAAUUUUUUCGUUUCGAGUCAGCCUUUUGUCGGAUCUGUGAUACUGUUUCGUGGAGCCUGCUCCUCCGAAUUUUUUGCAAUUUCUCCCCGUGUGCUCAACCUGGAUCGCUUGAGAGAUAUGAAGACCGAGACAGAAGCGAUUGCUAUACCUGGACGUCAUUUUAGUGAUCAUGAUGAUGGGUGGGACUCUGACGAAACUCUGACAAUCGGCACUCCGUCCACGCCGAAUUUGUUGGAAUUGGCCGCUCAGAUUCUUGCAUCGGAGAAAGUUAGUUUAGAAGAAGAGUUGACUGACUCCGAGGCGACGACCUGGUUUCCGAAGGACACGUGUGCUUGUCAUCUCCUCACGACUCCUUGA